CGUAAAUUAUAGGUACGAUAAGUGUCAGCGAAUUUGUCGAUCAGGAACCAACAGCCCUUUGGCCUGGAAAUAUAAUCGGCCCGAAGAUGAGGGAGGCUGGAAUAAUGUUAAUAAGCACAGUGCUAACGUGCGCCAUAAUAGGCAACGCUUAUUAUCAAAGAAAACAAUUUUAUCCAACAGUAGUUCACAUAACCAAAUCUAAUCCCAGUAUGACGGUAAUCUAUGCUCAAGGUUUAAUUCUAGUAUUUAUGAUAAAUGCUUUCCUACGAAAGAUAUUUUUUGGUACACUACGUGCUACAGAACUCGAGCAUCUAUUGGAAAAAGUAUGGUAUGCAGUGACUGAAACUUGUCUGGCAUUUACAGUGUUUAGAGAUGACUUCAGUCCCAAAUUUAUAGCACUAUUUACACUUCUCUUGUUUCUGAAGUCAUUUCACUGGUUGGCAGAAGAUCGCGUAGACUAUAUGGAAAGGAGUCCAGUGAUAACAUGGUUGUUCCAUCUUAGAGUCGGUACUUUACUGGUACUUUUAUUCGCCAUAAAUUUAACUAUGAUUCAUUAUGCAUACAACACAACAGCCACAAAAGGUCCUUCUGUACAAUUAGUGUUUGGUUUUGAAUAUGCAAUUCUUUUAACAGUUGUGUUCAAUAUUGAAGUAAAGUAUAUACUGCAUACUAUAGACCUGCAAAGUGAAAAUCCAUGGGACAAUAAGCCAGUAUUUCUGUUGUAUACAGAAUUAAUAAUUGGAUUGUUGAAGGUCAUUUUGUAUGUUGCUUUUGUCACUCUGAUGAUAAAAUUAUAUACUUUGCCGUUGUUUGCGCUUCGUCCAAUGUAUUACACGAUGCGAGACUUUAAGAAAGCUUUCCACGAUAUUGUAAUGUCUCGUCGAGCUAUCAGAAACAUGAACACAUUAUAUCCAGAUGCAACAGCAGAAGAAUUGGCUGCUGCUGACAAUGUGUGCAUAAUAUGCAGGGAGGAGAUGGUUGCAGCAAGUAAAAAGUUACCAUGUAAUCAUAUUUUUCAUACCGCUUGUCUUCGCUCUUGGUUUCAACGUCAGCAAACAUGUCCCACCUGCCGUUUGAAUAUUUUAAGACCUGUAAACAAUAAUCAAGCAAAUAGGCAGCAGAAUCAACCACAGGCAGGACCACAAGUGCCUCAAGCUCCUCAAAUACCGGGAUUUAACCCUAUUCUUCAGUUCUUUCCGGCAUUCUGGGCUGGACUGCAAGCUGCAGGAGCGGCACCGCAACAACAAGCUCCACCAGCGACACCGCAACAGCAAGGUCAAAAUACUGCAGCAAGCACACCAACUACGUCAUUCCAGAAUUUAGCAACUGGUGGUGUACCAUUGUUUCCACCCCCGUUUCCCACUAUGGUACCAUUACCUCCUUUUCCUACUCCGCCACCUAAUUUAACAGAACUGAGUGAAGAAGAGCUUAGAGCCAUGGAGGGCAAUUUGCGACAAGCUGUAGAAGCUCGAAUACAAACGUUACAGCGAAUCCAACUUUUGCUGGAUGCUGCCAAUGCUAUGAUGAAUCAGUAUCAAACGGCAGCUGCUACUGCUAACAUUCCAGAGCCAACUACUACUAGUAACGUGAAUGUUACAUCGGAUAUUUCUUCAAUGGCGCAACCAGGAACAUCGAAAGGCACAGGUUCUGAGAUUGCAAACGAGAAUUCAGAGAUCAAAAUUGAGGCAAAUGUUCCUACUACGAAUACUUCCAGUGAAAGUAUGAAUACACUACCGGACACAGAUAGCAACGAUGUAGCUCCAGAAUCGUCACAUAGAAGUGAAACCGAAUCGUCGAGUGAACAAGAAAUGUUGCGAAGACGUAGGCUACAAAAAUUUGCAACUCAGCUGACGACAGAAUAAAAGUUCGUAAAAAUAUGCGACGACUUAUGUAAUAUAAUAAUUUGUACCUCGAUUAACUGGCCUGGUUUGCAGAUAUAAUUAAUAAUUGAGGAAUGUAUAACGGUUAUGGUUCAGCGAUUCAAAUUCAAGUUCAAAGUUGACUUUAUGAUAUCAGUAAUCUGAAGUGUACCGAAAUGAAUUUAUCUCUUUCUUUUUAUAUACAUAUAUGGCAGGCAACUUAUAAUUUCAACAAAUAUUACAUGUACCAGUUGUGUGUGUAUAAGUAUAUACCCUUUACACAAUGGUAUACGCAUCACCGAAAUAUUUUGCAAAGUAACAUUUUGUAUACAUUAAGUUGUUUCUGUAUGAAUUAUCUGAUAAUUAUUGAAAUUCAUCAUUUUCAAUCCUGUAAUUUUUAUAUUGAAAGUCUAACUGGAAAUGUCUAGCAGAUCUUGAUUACAUUUUGUGAGGAGUGAUUGUGUCUGUAUAGUAUGACUGAAGAAAAAAUAAUUACUUUAGAGAACUGUCAUAAUAUGUAAUAAA